UUUCUUCAGCACACCGCUACAUUUGAAAUCUCCCAACUUUUUUCAUUCUCUCUGUUGCUCAAACUAGUUUCCCUCAACACUCAAAGUGUAGAAAGAAGCCUCAGUGAGUUUGUAAUGGCGGGUGAGGAGAAGCAGACUCUUACUCCAAAGGAGAUGAUACUUCAGAAGUUUGGUGUUAAAGCAAUUUACAGAAUUGAGGAAGUUCAUGUUUCUUCGAAUGAUUGCCUCUAUCGUUGCCACUUGCAGCUACCAGAAUUUUCUGUUGUAUCAAAUGUCUUCAAGAGAAAAAAGGAUUCCGAACAAUCUGCUGCUGAAUUGGCUCUCGAGAAGCUAGGAAUUCAGUCUCAGGAUGAUGAUGAUGUUGAUAUAACUGUGGAUGAAGCUUGGAAUAAUAUCGUUGAACGCAUUAAGUAUAUAUUUUCUGAUGAGUUUCUUUCAGUUGAUCAUCCUCUAGGAGGUCACCUAAGGGCGGCAUUGCAAAGGGAUGGCGAACGUUGCGGAUCACUUCCUGUUUCUGUCAUUGCUACAUUUGAUGCAAAGAUUAACAGUCGCUGUAAAGUGAUUGAUCCUUCUGUAGAAUCAGAUCCUAUCUUGCUCAUGUCCUAUGUCAUGAAGGCUGCUGCAAAGUUGCCGGACUACAUUGUUGUAUCUCCGCAUGUCGAUUCACUCCGAAGGAAAAAACCGUAUCCUCCAGCAACUAUUAAAGCACUGGCUACUACUCAUGUGAAAAGCAUAAAAGCUGAGGCUGUGCAUUUACAAUGUACCGUUGGCGGUGAAGAGGUUGUUAAGCCAGUCACUCUUGAUAUUUCAUCAGGUCGGUAUUACUUGGAUAUUAUUGCUGACAAGCUUGGAUUGAAGGAUGGCAGCCAAGUGAUGAUAUCAAGGACUAUUGGCAAAACUUCCUCUGGCUAUGAGUGUAGAGUAUAUGCUGCCAUUCCUAAGUUGAAGUCUUCCGAUAAUUCAUGGAAAGCCCGUGAAAAACGUCCAAUCAUUGAAUCAUCACAUCUUGAAAAGUCUCGGAAUGCAAAAGCAAGUUUUGUUUGUGGUGUAGAUAUUCACGGUGAUGCGAUCGUGGCAUCUGUUGGUUACCCAUGGAGGUCCCAUGAUCUUGAACAUGAUGGUGUAACCUUAAAGUCGUUUUACAAGAUAUGUUGCGGUAUUUCUCCUAAUGGAAUCUAUAAAUUAUCCCGAGAAGCGAUAAUAGCGGCGCAGUUACCUUUUUCAUUCACUACAAAGUCUACUUGGAGAGGUCCAUUCCCCAGGGAGAUUCUCUGCAUGUUCUGCCGCCAGCAACAACUGGUAGAGCCCAUUUUUACUAUAUCUACUGCUCCUGUGAAACCAAUGUCUUGCAUAUUAAGAUCCUACCAGAAGUUGAAAGACUCAGAAUGUGAUGAGAAAGAUUCAGAAUGUGAUGAGAAAGACUCAGAAUGUGAUGAUAGCGAAUAUCAGUAUACGAGCAAGGGAAAAGAGGAGAUACCAGAAUCAGGGACUGGAUAUAGAUGUGAAGUGAAAAUUCUCUCAAAGUCCCAGGAUUUGGUUUUAGAUUGCUCGUCCAGAAAGUUCUAUGAGAAGGAAAACCAUGCUAUUCAAAAUGCUUCGUUGAAUGCCCUCUCAUGGUUAAGUAGGCUUUUCGACGAGGGGGAUGGGGACCCACUGCAAAUAUGUUAUACGGAUGAUCACCUGGAUGCGGUAUUUCAACAGAGGAUCUUGAUGAAAGAGGCUGUUCCAAAGGGACAUUUCCGAAAUAGAGACGAAAUGAAUCAAUAUGAGGAUCAAGUUCGUAUUCAAACCAUAACAAAGGGUUCCUUGGUUAGCAUAUGCUAUUCUGUGUAUUUGGAUGUAGAUGCUGAUUUUUCAAAGGAUGGUAAAUCUAAAAAAGAACUCAUCGAAAGCAAUGAAGAGAUAGAGUUUGAGGUGGGGAAUGGUUCUAUGAAUCCACAUCUUGAAGCAGUUGUUACUCAACUGGUUGUGGGCCAAUAUGCUCGUUUUUUAACUAAUGCGCCUGCUGAAGACUUGUUUGUGACUGCUGCCACUGGUACCCAGAGAGAUCGUUCACUUUUAUCAGAUGUCGCAGGUUUUGAAUACUGUGUACGUUUGUUGGGAGUGAAAGGGCCAACAGAAAAACGAAUUGAGGCGGAUUUUUUCAAACCUUCACUUUCAAAACAGCGUCUUGAAUAUGUAGUGAAACAUAUUAAAGAAUCGUCAGCUUCUACUCUGGUUGAUUUUGGAUGUGGAUCUGGAAGUUUACUAGCAUCUAUACUUGACUGUCCAACUUCACUUCAAACCAUUGCUGGCGUUGACAUCUCACAUAAGAGUCUUACCCGUGCUGCUAAGAUUGCUACAUUCAAAAAUAAACAAGGGAGCUUGCAACCUCAAAUCUACUUUACUCCAUGAUGGUUCCAUCCUUGAGUUUGAUUCCAGGCUGCAUGACAUUGACAUCGGCACUUGCUUAGAGGUUCGAUUCUAUUUUCUUGCUUCAUUUCUUCAUCAGCAGCUUCUCUAAUAUUCAAUAUAAUCCGUUUUGAAUCUUUAGGUCAUUGAACACAUGGAGGAGGAUCAAGCCAGUCAAUUCGGGAAAACAGUUCUAAGCUUGUUUCGCCCGAAACUUCUGAUUGUCUCCACACCAAACAUCGAGUACAACACAAAUUUCCAUAAGUCUGGUCCUCCAAACCACCCAAAAAACAGAUCCAUGUCUUCACAGCUACCAAAAUUCAGGAACCAAGACCACAAGUUUGAAUGGACAAGGAAACAGUUUAAGCAGUGGGCAUCUAAACUCGCUAAACGCCACAACUACAGCGUCUAUUUUAGCGGUGUUGGUGGGUCUGGUAAAGGAGACCCCGGGUUUGCUUCUCAAAUUGUUGUUUUUAGACGGAUAUCUUUGUCCAACAUAGUGGAGAAGGUCUCAGAAGGCUCGAUGCAGCCUUAUAAAAUCAUAUGGAAAUGGUCAAAGAGGAAAUGGAGAGAAAAAGACUAAUCUUUGAUAAGUUAUUACUUGUCCUAGUUCUACUAUAUUAUUUGGAAAGUACAUUUUAAAUGUAACCUUAAUUUUUGUAAUUAAUUACAUGACAAUGCC